UUGUAAACAAAAAACAAAGUUAAUUUUUGCCGAAAAUGUCGAGUGAUGUGCUUCGAAAUGUCGGAAACUUGCACAAGUUAAAAAGAAAGAGGGGCCCUAUAUUUACGAUAGAGGACAAAUAUAUAUUGGUUGAUAUCGUACAAAACAAUCAAACAGUAAAUUCCAAAAACUACUGUUGGGAGACACAAAUUACUACAGAGUAUAAUUCAGGAGCUUCCUGUCCACGAUCUACUGCUGUUCUAAAAAAUUGCUGGAAGAAUUUGAAAGCAGAAGGGAGAAAUGUUGCAGCUGACGAGAGGCAAGCGAGAAUUAAGAGAGGUGGAGGUUUGAAGAAAUAUGUGGCUGUGGAUCCCAUUAUAUUUCGGGUCAUAGACCUGAUUCGUCCCACUGCAGUAGGGCUGAUCAAUCCAUAUGACACAGAUAGUGUACUUGGCAAUACUAUGAGCCAAAAUGAAGACAAUUGUAUUCCAGAAAUAGAGGUUUUGGGAGAUACUCAGGUGAAUGUGCAGGGUGGCAGUAACUUAAAUGGAGACUGGUCCCAAUAUACACCGGGGCAGAUGAGGACGCCCAGAACAACUAUCUUGAGAAAACUGCCACAGAGUUCUGUUGAUGUUGACGAAAAUGGUUCCUUUGUUUUAAAUUUAGAAGGGUUUCUGAGUGCAGAGGACAAAGAAAACAUGGUUAUCACUACCCCAUACACAUCUUCAACAACUACAGAGAUCCACACCCUAGCAUUUCAGUAGCAGAACCGGACCUGCAGACUUUUAAAAGGCCUGCAAUUACACCUUUGACUGCACAGGAAAUGGCACCAAAAAUAUUUAAGCCUAACAAGGAAAAUUCUUCUAGGCAUCAACUGAAUAGAAGAAGACCUGUUAUAUCACAGGAAAAAAAUGAAGAACUUGUGUCCAAAAGAGUGGAGGCCCUAACAAAGGUGACAUCUCAUGCCGAAGAGGAGCACCAGAUUGUUAUGAAAAUUCACCAUGGAAACUAAAGCAUGAGAGAAUUCGGACAAGAUUGCUCCUCCUGGAACUGAAAGAGAAAAAAAGAAUGUUUCAAAAUUGAAAUAAUGAAUUUUUUUU